AAACUUAUUUAUCUCAGAAUGUAUAAUCAAUGUCUUCAUUAGACUCUUUACAAACAAAUAAAAUUCUCUCAUAAACUAGAAUGACAAACAAUUUUAUUUCUCUCUAAAAGUAAAUAAAGAAGAAAAUAGGGUUGUUAUCUCUAAAAGUAAAAGAGAAAAUAGCAUUGUCUACAAAACUAGAAUGAGAAACAAUUACAUCUGUCUAUAAAAGAUAUUGAAGGAGCGAAGUACAAGUUUUAAUAAUAGAAAAUUUGUAUCAAAUAAAUUUGCAUACAAUUCCUUAAUCAGUAGCAGAUAUUAUUUGUUUCUACAUUUACGUCUAAAAGGAAUUAGAGACAGAGGCGUCCGAUUCAAAUAAUAUAUCUGCUUUAAUAGAUAUAUAGAGACAAAUAAAUGUCAUUUAGAGGCAAAUAACAUCUGUCUCUAAAUCCAAGUUUUGUUGUAGUGAUGGGUCAAAGUGACAUAAAUAGUUUAUCACUUUUAACCACGAGAGCGGUAGAGGUGACCCUCUUGCCACUUGAUGUCCUCACCCCACCUCAUCACACUACCGCGCGGGGGAGGGGGGUGGGGUACUCCAUCGCCGAACCCCAACCUAGUCACACCAAGGUAGGUUUCUUCUACUUAGUCAUAUUUUACCUCACGACAUUGCACCAAGGGGUAUGUUGAUUACCCCCUGAUCACAUUAGGGGGUAUCAUCGUCACAUCCUCCGUGCUUAACCAAAAUUUACCCACGGUAUUGCACUAAAGAGUAUGUUGGUAACACCUUAAUCAUACCAAGAGGGGUGUUCCAACACUUAUCCAAAUUUUACCAUAUUUCACCUAGCUAUCAUUCUCCAUACUUUGCCAAUUUUUACCCCACAUUGUCACACUAAGGGGAUAUGUUGAUUACCCCCCCAUCCCUCCAAAUCACACCAUGAAGAGUACUCAAACACUUAACCAAAUUUUGGCCAUAUCUCAUCUUCUAUGGGCAUACUGCGCCACACACCUUGCCAUCCUUCUUCAUACUUAGCCAAAUUUUCCCACACCUCAUCACACUAGGGAGGUAUGUCGAUUACCCUCUCAUCACAUCACGAGGGGUGUUCCAACACUUAGCCAAAUUUUACCCCACCUCGUCAUACUAGGAGGAGUAUGUUUGUUACCCCCUAGUCACACCAGGAGGGGUGCUCCAACAUGCCAUCACUCUUCAUAGUUAGCCAAAUUUUGUCCUCAAGUGUGAAUAUUUUACCUUGAAGCUUUCAAGGAACUCCUAAGUAGAAUAUGCUUCCUCCUUACGUGACCACUGCAGCAUCACCUAAGUUACAACAUGAAUAUUUUGAGCAAUAAACCUCCCAAUCUCUACCUUCAAUUCUCCAGCAUUGUCAUAUUCAGGCAGGGCUGGUAGGAUGGUCACCUGAGCUCAACAGCCCGUUUCAGUAGAGAAACAUGGAAUACUAGAUGUAUUGCUUGGGGCAGCUGCACUUCAUAUGCUACUUCUCCAAUCUUUCUUGUGUUAGGAAAGGUCCAUAGUCAUCCUCAUUGCUACUAAGACCUCUGGUGGCGACAAACCUGCAAGUGCACAGUAUUGUACAAGUAAUAAAGUGUAAGUAAAAGUAUCGUUCUCUAGGGGAUUGGUGAAAUUCAAUAAUUAACAAAUUUAGUUCAAGAAACUGUAGAAAUUGCAAAGGUUGUAAUCAAGUGAUGAGUUGUAGAAUUACUGAAAUUAACAAACUCGAAAAAUGAAAUAUUUUGGAGAAAUUAACUUUUGAGAGUUCCGGGGGAAACACAAGGUUCUACUAUUUACCUUGAUAAUUUUAAUUACCCUUGUCAAUCAAUUUAAUCCAUAUAUUUAUAGUCAGGAUACCUCUAAAUUGAUAGCUAUCUCUAUUAAGAAUUACCACGUACUAACUAAUUAAGACAAUUUCUACUAGCGUAGUUAACUGAAUUGAUUAAUUAGCCUUAAGAACGAUACCCCUAAAAUGACUGCAUAAUUUCCUAUUUAAUCCACUAUCGCUUCAAUAGGCAAUUAUGUCGUGUGAAAUGUGUUCGGUUACUAGGUCUUCACUAUCGUUAUUAACCUAUAACACUACAAAUCAUCGUGAAGGUGGCCAAUCAACACAAAGCUUUACACAAUUUCACACGAUAGAAAAUGGAGGAAAGACAAGUUGUGAUUAAAACAUCAAUGCUAGACAAUGAAAUCCAUAACUUUCCCCCAGAAAUUGGGGGAUUAGUUCAUGAUGAAAAGAAAGUACAUAAACAUGCUAAUGUUCAACAUGAUAACUAAUUAACUAAACAAAGGAGUAGAGAAAGUACUAAGUGUUAAAGUUAAUCCGCAACUUAUAAGAGUCUUCCUUUCUUCAAAAUGCUAAACUCCAAAGUGUGUUAAAGUGAGCUCUCUCCUUCGAUUUUUCUCUCCAAAUAUGUCUCCAAAAGUGUCUACUAAGGUCCCUAGUUGCUGCCCCCUUUAAAUCCAUUUUCUGCAGAUUCAAUCCCACAAAAUAAGGCAAUUACAGAUCUCAUUUCCAAGAGAAGGCUGCUGCCAGCUUAAGUCUCUCUCUUUGCAUUUAUUUUUCUGCAUCUUUUUAUCAAUUGGCGAGCCACCAAAUCCAUUUUCUCACUUCAAGAAAAAUUAUCCAAUUCCAAUGAUUUCUGAGGCUGCUGACGGUUGAGUGAAGAUUCCAACCAACAAUAAUUCGAUUUGGGUCUUUAUCGGUUUGGCGUCCUGCUGGACGUUUGCCACUGCACCUGCAUUCGUCCACUGCACUUUGUUUUAUUCACAAUCUUAGCUUCAAUCUCCGUUAAAUUGCUACAUGUCUUGGUAAUGACACUAGGGUCAUUCCGUGGUCAAUAUGAACUAAUUUAGAGCAAUUUAAACACAUACAUGCAUAAGGAUCAAUUUAUGCACAUAAUACAUGUAUGUUUAUUAAGCUUAUCACAACCCCACACUUACCAUUUGCCUGUCCUUAAGCAAAAGAGAGAAAUGAUUGAAAGAGAAGCAAAUAAAUAUACAACUAAGACUCCUAGCACUCAAAUAAAAAACACACUACUCUUAAGACUAGACUAAUAACAUUGUUGCUUGAGUGACGAUGUGACUAGCUGUGGACCUACUAUGCUUUGGUGUAGACAUCUAUGUAUAUACACUAUCAUUAAAUUCCACCUUUCCAUGCAUACCUGGACUUGAAAGUUAGAUUACACUCCAUCACAUGAUGUACCCUACACAAAGAAUAAACACACUAAUAGUGGAUUGUCCAAAACUCAUUUAAACAAAGAUUAAGGGAAGUUAAGAGUAAAAGCAUGGCGUCUAGAUUCCCUAACUAGAAAUGUGUAUUUCACUCAAUCACACAAGUGUUUAAAGGUUGGUGUUUACAUUCAAGUUUUCCAUUACUAGUGCUUAUCUGAAUCUUGUUCUUCAACCACUAUUGGACCGAUCUGUACAAACACAAGCAUAUCAAGAUGACAAUGUUCAGGCAAUAUGCGUAAGGCUAAGGAUUAAGGUGAGGUUUCAGAGGAGGGAAAUAGUGAUCCUCACGAGGAAUGAGCUACAAAAGUAUACCCAAAUCAAGAACUAUCUAAUAUCGAGGCAUUGAACAAAUGAAAAAUACAUAACAUAAGCAACUAGAACUAUACAACAAGGGAAGAACAUUGAUUCCCAAAGAUGAUUCAUCGAUCUUUAUUUAUUCGUCCCCCUUUUUCACUUUCACUUUCUCUUUUUCUUUUUUUAAUUAUUUUUUUAAGCUGAUUUUUUUAUGGGGAUGAUACUAAAAGACCAUUGAUGAUCAAUACUUUUUUUCUAAGUAGUAGAAGACAAAAUGAUGCAAUAGAAGGUGCAGUGGCUGAAUGCAUAUGCAGUGUCACAUUGCAAACUGCAGUGGCAAAAUGCAUCUCUCAACUAUAGCUUCAACUACUACCUUAGAACAUCAACUUUAUUUACAAAACCAUGAAAAUGAAAAUGGGUCACUAUGAUCAUACAAAAGACCUCAUUCCUCAUGAGAAGGGUUCAAUGAGGGAUAAAAAAAGGGGUAAAGGUGAAGGUGAAGGUGAAGGUGUGAUCGAACCGAAAAACAAGGCAAAGUCUCAAAGGGGUUGAUCCUAGUUGUCAAUGAUAGGGUAGGCUUUUUGGCUCGAGUUGCACUAAUUGUCUCUAUCGUUUAUGCUAGCAUAUAUACAACACAGUCCAUGUGUGGUUUUGAUCAAGAUUACCGAGACACAAAGCAAUGAAAAACUUCACACAAUAUGAAAUUGACUUUGAAGGUUCAAACUCUCGGCUACUAGAUGCCAUACCCUACUCUAUACAAGUCAUACUCAAUUUCUCUUAAGUUCGGGCACAGUUCAAUUCUAGUCAGUGAAUUUUAAUAGAAGGUACGUCAUGUGAAACAGUCAAUCCUACUUGCAACACAAGUUAUGCAUUGUAAGGUUAACUUGGGAUAACCGAAAGGCAAAUUCAUACACUGAAGCACAAUAAGUUCACAAAUCAUUCACACAAUCAUUUCAAGCAGCAAAAUUAUACCCUAUCAAGUUCAAUACACAACACAUCAAACAAAGAAGGAACGACUCACCUUCACCAAGCAUCAUAUACAAGUACAUGCUCUAAAAUGAAACUAAAACUCUCCACCCCACACUAAGGAUGAAACAUUAUCCCUAAUGUUCAAAACUAGUUUAUAAACAUGCAAACACAUAAAACAAAAGUAAAUAAAGGUAAAGAAGAAAAACCUUGGGACAAGUUGUAUAAGAGUGAGGUGAGUAGUGAUGGGGAAGAAGUACCCCGACGAGGAUAGGCCGGCGUGCAUGCUUGUUGGUGGGGAAGCUCAGGUUGAAUAUUGAUAAGUUAUUGUGUGGGCAACGGGAGCAUUUAAAACUCUAGAAUUUGAGGAAAAGUGAGGGAGGGGAAGAAUGCAUGAAUUUUUUAUUUUUUGAUUUGAUGAGGUGGAUUUUAGAAUGAUGUCAGUAGAGGUUGUGAGUUUGGUGAAUUUUUUUAUAGAAAAAAGUAGAAGAACCAAGAACAAUAAAAAAGGACUUAGAGUGAGAAACUCGAUGUACUUCUCUUUUUUAUAUUGUUUUUUUUCGUUUUUAAAUAAACUAAAGGAAAGAAAGUGUUUUAUGUUUCCUCUUUUCUUCUUGAUGGCUUUUUCAACCUUUCAAGUCCAUUAGUGUUGCAUUCCACCCCAUACUACAUUUCUCCAUUGCAAAAAGCAUUUUUCGGCUGCACAUUUUCACCAAAGCAUUCUGCCAAUGCACCUAUAAAAUUGGAAAAAAAUACCUUCCUCAAAGAAUUUGGAGCUCAAAUUUUAUGGAGAUCCUCCAAACGUCCUAAAACGUGAAAUUGUGCAAGUAAAACAAACAUCAGGUGAUGACUCGGUAUUUGCACAUGUUUUCCCCUUUGUUUCUUGAUUUUUUGAGCUUGAAUUAUUGCGUUUUUGUCCUAUUUUAUGUUAGGUUGUGUUCCUUUGUCACAUUUCAGGUCCUAGCACAUAAAGUGAAGCAUAGGCGCAAGUUUCAAAUCAAUCAGAGAUCAAUUGACGAUUCGGGAGAAGAAACUCGGGCAUGACCUGAAGAAUAAUGGAUUUCUACCUCACUUUAUGGACAAAUAAUCAUGCAAGCUUGUCAUGAAAAGAAAGAGGACAAGACUACGAGCGUCUGGGAUCAAACGGGGACUUAUUCGGAGUCCGGACGAGGGAGAAACGAAGCAUUAAACAGAGGCUGAGCAAGCCACACGGGCAUCCUAAAACACCACGCGGCCGUGUGGGUUGUGGCGGUGUGGAAAUCACCGAGCCUUCACACGGGAAGCUGGGAAAGCCACACGGCUGUGUGGCCUGGCCGCGUGAUCAGGAAUUUCUGUUUAAAACUCGAUUUUUAGCCAAAAGAUCGGAUUUUCAGAGCAAAAACAGAGCCCUAGAGAGAGAAAGUACGAAGAACACAUCCUAGAAGCUAUCAUGGAGCUGGGUUUCAUCAAAUCGAGCUUGGAGAUCGUCAUAGGAGUGGAAAUCAUCAUCCUAGAGAAGAUUCUUCCCAUUUUUAUGAGUAUGACUGCUUUGUAUUCUGUUUUCCUCUCUCUCUCUAUGGAGUAGAAACCUUCUCUCACUUGGGUAUGAAGAACCCUAGUUCCAUGUGUUAGGGAUUUGAUCGUAAUGACUUGGGAUGAUUAUACUGUUUGGUUUUAAUCGAAUGAUGCAUGUCUAUUGAGUCAAUUGAAGUCUGAUCAACUUUUCUUGAUUACUGCUGCAACCUGAGAUAGAUAGAAUUUGAUUAGGUUGUUACUUGUUAGAGCUUCAUCAUUCGGUAGUAGGAGAUUGGCUAUACGAGAGUUAGCCAGUUUACUGCUUUGUACUGGAAUCCAAUUCCAGUAGUGGAGUUCUGUGCUUAUUGCUUCAGCUUUCUAUCCCGGUGAAGACUAGUCGUCUGCCGGAUAGUUAGACUGAGAGGGCUUGGUCAGCUUAAGAGAUUCCAAGCUAUUGUCGGAUCUUCCGCAGUCUAAUCAACAGUAAAUCUACCCAGGGUAAUUACAAUUGAGACCUAACUAAGGAGCUAGGGGGACUCAUUCCCGAGUGAAUCUUCUUUGCUUGAGAAAACCGUACCAAUUCCUGCUUUCUUACUGCUUUUGUUUUAAACAACAAUCACUUAACUUAGUUGGCUAUAUAAUAGAUAAUCGCGGAGUAAGCAGUAGAUCUAGACCCCGGGUUGAUAAUAGAACUUGCCACUUUACUGCAUUCCCAGACUGCGAUUACACUUGGUCGCAGUUUGGUGUUCUGUUUUGGCGUGUCAAGUUUUUGGCGCCGUUGCCGGGGACUUUCUAGAUUAUUAGGAAAGGCAGAAGUUUGUUACUUUAGCGUUUUUCUUUUGUUUUCCGCCCUUGCUUUUCACUUGGGUGUUUUUUUUUUUGUUUUUUUUUUGUUGGUGUAGAUCUGAAUCAUGGAUCCACAUGGCUUCUCCAACCAUUGGGGGUAUCCACCACCAUCGGAGUGGUAUUACCCCGAGACCCCCUGGAGCAAUCAAGGAGGAGAAGACUAUGGAUUCGGGUUCCAGUACCAACCCCCUUACUACGGUGAACAAUCAGACCCAUGGACAUAUCAAGAACAACCUCCUUAUCAAGAAGACUUUCUCCCACAACCAGAAGGGCCAUUGGAGCUGGAGUUACCCAUGGCGGCCUUCACGGGCCACUAUGCAGAGCCAUGCUACACUUCACUGGAAGAUCCGAACAAACAAUUAAGGCUUCUUGUGGAGCAGUUUGCUCGAGACACUGAGAGAUCAUGCUCCAAGAUGGAUCUUCAAAUCAAAGCCCUUGCCCCUUCCGAUCCCUCAUUUCUCCAUGAAAUGGAGGAUACUGUUCAGCGCUCAGCGAAGCAAACAGAGUGGGUGGAGCAAGUUUGCUCACAUCUUGCUCAAGAUCACCUUUCUGCUACCACACUAGAAGAGGUGGAGGAUGACAAAGGCUACGAGGAUGUUGAGGAGCAUACAGAAGUUAUCACAGAGAACUCCCAUGAUAAUCAUGAUCAGGAAAGUCCUCUGGUUGCAGAUCACACAUUUCCUUAUUUCUGCUCUAACAUGCUGGGCCUGAACGAGGAGAUGCAAGAUGAUCUCAUUGAAGAAAUUACAUGGCGACUUGCUCUCCAAUCUGUGCUAGAAGAAGAAGAGCAAGAAAGGGUGCAGAAAGAACUUGUGGAGGAUGACGAAAGUGAAGUAGGAGGAGUUCUUGAUCAUUUCCCAGGGGUGAUACCACAUGAAGAAGGAAGGGGGGUUGAAGAAGCGAGUGGUGUCCAGGCUGAGGAUGAAGUUGAGGUGGAAGAGGCUUGCACCGGCCCUAUAAUACAAGUAAUAUCCCCACCAAACUUCGAGGAACUGCUUAGCAAGGACCCAUUUGCAGUGUCUCUUUGCCAGACCAAGGCCACAUCGACAUCGGUCCCACUUGGUGGACGCGAUGAUGGCCAAUCGAUGCUGUCAUAUCUGGUUUGGGACAAUGGGACGAGAGAAGAGAAGAAGAGGUCUCGAGGAUGGAGACUUCAUCUGCAUCAAGUGCACGAGCUUCCAUCACCAGUCAUACCACAUGCUCGUGACUUGCGACUCCACCUCAUUGACGAGAACCUCAACUUCAAGGAGGUUCUAGCAUGGACCGAAACUUAGGAGCCAUCGUCUGGCUCACGACGUGAAAGAAGCGCUUGUUGGGAGGCAACCCAACCAGUCGGUUUGCAUUUCUUUCUCUAUUUCUCCUCGGUUGAGUCAGUUUUGUUAUUUGAUUUUAGAGUCAAUAACUCAACCUUUGUGAGAUUUUGUGUGGUGUUUGCGUUCUGAUUACUCUCUCUUCCUGGAAUGCACCGCCUGACCCGUCCAUCAUCAUUUACCCUUGAUCUGGUAACUUCGUUCUACCCUCCUUAUCUUUCCUCCAUUGAGGACAAUGUCGUGCUUAAGUGUGGGGGUGUUCGAUUAUGUAUGCGGGUGAAUGUUUGGCUGUUUGUGUGCUUGGAGCCUAGUCCACUGUCCAAAAUUUUAAAUUUGAGGGCUCCAAGUACAUGUUUCCUUGCAAAUUGCCUGCUCAGUAUGCUUUGAAUCGACUUCUCUAUAGUAAUGUGCAACCUAGGGAGGUAGUGUAGCACUAUGGAGGAUGUUGAAGUAUAAGAUUUUUCCUAUCUAGCUCUCUGUUGUGCCAGUUGAUUUUGUGAAUUAGUGGAGCUAAGACUGUUGAAUUCAUGUGGUAAUGGUGACUCUGUUUGGAUUGUGUUAUGGAAUCGUGUAUCGAACAGGGUGCUCAUAUGGAAAAUGGGAAGCAGUUGGUCCUCCAUGUCGAUAUCAUUGAAAUCUUAAACAUGGGGUAAGCCCAACGUGUGUGGCACCGUUCAUUGCACAAAAUCGGGUUUUGGAAGAGAUUUUAGUGAUCCUUAGUGGGGUACUCCUACAAGGUGAAGCUAAGCUGUCUCUAGUACAAGUAAAAUUUUCACCGGUUGAACGGUUUGUUUACUUGAGGAUGUGUUUUUAAGGGCACGGAUAGAGCUUCCGACCCCCCUUGAUAUCAUUGACCCUCCACACGAGUUGAGGAAAAGGAGUUAAAAGAAGUACGCUGGCGAGCGCUAGAUGUACAAAAAUUGCUCUUGCUCGACUAAUAAGGGUCGAGCGUGCAAAAGACUGCAGUUGGAACCCCCGCCAAGUGAAUGAAGAAAAAAAAGAGAAAAAGAAAUGUAAAUGAAAGUGCAAAAAGGGGUUCCAACGGUGAAAUGAAGUGAAAGAGCACCCUGGUACAACGAGUCCUUGGUUGUGAAUGGUGUGAGUCCCUUUGUCCAUGAACUGACUGUCUUACUUCUACUUCUUCUCAUGUUCCUGGCUUGAGUCUAGUACUCGCAUUGAGAGAGAUAGGGGACGUCUUAGAAGACCAGUUGACCUCGUAAGCUGCUAUAUGAUCUAGGAAAUCCUCUACCGAUGAUCGGGGUUGUUUGUUGCUAUAGAGGUCUGGAGAGCUGCAUUGGUUUGAGUUAGGUUUGCUUGGGGACAAGCGAACAGUUAAGUGUGGGGGGAUUUGAUGACUCGAUAUUUGCACAUGUUUUCCCCUUUGUUUCUUGAUUGUUUGAGCUUGAAUUAUGGCGUCUUUGUCCUAUUUUAUGCUAGUUUGUGUUCCUUUGUCACAUUUCAGGUCCUAGCACAUAAAGUGAAGCAUAGGCGCAAGUUUCAAAUCAAUCAGAGAUCAAUUGACGAUUCGGGAGAAGAAACUCGGGCAUGACCUGAAGAAGAAUGGAUUUAUACCUCACUUUAUGGACAAAUAAUCAUGCAAGCUUAUCAUGAAAAGAAAGAGGACAAGACUACGAGCGUCUGGGAUCAAAUGGGGACUGAUUCGGAGUUCGGACGAGGGAGAAACGAAGCAUUAAACAGAGGCUGAGCAAGCCACACGGGCAUCCUGAAACACCACACGGCCGUGUGGGUUGUGGCCGUGUGGAAAUCACCGAGCCUUCACACGAGCAUCUGGGAAAGCCACACGGCCGUGUGGCCUGGCCGCAUGAUCGGGAAUUUCUGUUUAAAACUCGAUUUUCAGCCAAAAGAUCGGAUUUUCAGAGCAAAAACAGAGCCCUAGAGAGAGAAAGUACGAAGAACACAUCCUAGAAGCUAUCUUGGAGCUGGGUUUCAUCAAAUCGAGCUUGGAGAUCGUCAUAGGAGUGGAAAUCAUCAUCCCAGAGCAGAUUCUUCCCAUUGUUAUGAGUGUGACUGCUUUGUAUUCUGUUUUCCUCUCUCUCUAUGGAGUAGAAACCUUCUCUCACUUGGGUAUGAAGAACCCUAGUUCCAUGUGUUAGGGAUUUGAUUGUAAUGACUUGGGAUGAUUAUACUAUUAGGUUUUAAUCGAAUAUUGAGUCAAUUGAAGUCUGAUCAGCUUUUCCUGAUUUCUGCUGCAACCUGAGAUAGAUAGAAUCUGAUUAGGUUGUUAGAGCCUCAUCAUUCGGUAGUAGGAGAUUGGCUAUACGAGAUUUAGCCUGUUUACUGCUUUGUACUGGAAUCCAAUUCCAGUAGUGGAGUUCUGUGCUUAUUGCUUCAGCUUUCUAUCCCGGUGAAGACUAGUCGUCUGCCGGAUAGUUAGACUGAGAGGGCUUGGUCAGGUUAAGAGAUUCCAAGCUACUGUCGGAUCUUCUGCAGUCUAAUCAACAGUAAAUCAACCCAGGGUAAUUACAAUUGAGACCUAACUAAGGAGCUAGGGGGACUCAUUCCCGAGUGACUCUUCUUUGCUUGAGAAAAACGUACCAAUUCCUGCUUUCUUACUGCUUUUUUUUUAAACAACAAUCACUUAACUUAGUUGGCUAGAUAAUAGAUAAUCGCGGAGUAAGCAGUAGAUCUAGACCCCGGGUUGAUAAUAGAACUUGCCACUUUAC